AUGCCUGCUAGGAAGGGAGGCAGGCCAACGCUGAGCCAAGGCUUGGACCGCGAGGUCUACCAAGUCGUGCGCAAGAUCAUUGACGACCAAGGCGACAAUGGUCGCAUUCGCCUAUCGGUGCCCUCAAUCUACGAGACAAUCAAGAAAUCGAAUUCGAGCCUAAACCGGAAACCGAAGAGAUUGAUUGAAGACAGUUUGGAGCGGGUCUUGGAAGUGGUGAAGGCCGAUAUGGGCGAUGACGAUGAGGACUCGGUGGAGGGGGAUUUCGAAGGACUCGACGAGCCCCCCCGCGGCGGUAUGAUAUGCAACAUUUUUUGCAUGCGCUUGAGGGACCUCGUCGGCUCAUGGGCCACACCCAAAGCCAAAAAGGAACCGGCCGCGGCCCCAACUGCGUCGAAGAGAAGAAGAGACGGCGGAGAGUCUGCCUCUAAGCGGCGCAAGGCAGAACCCGCGGAUCGAUCGCCGCCUACACAUGUCAGUCUCGCCGAUCUGGGUGGUCUGGACGAUGUCGUGCAGGAACUUGGAGACUUGGUCAUUCUGCCCAUGACCCGGCCGCAGGUCUAUCUCUCGUCAAAUGUGCAGCCGCCGCGCGGUGUUCUACUACAUGGUCCGCCUGGUUGCGGUAAGACAUUGAUCGCAAACGCAUUUGCUGCGGAACUUGGCGUGCCUUUCAUCUCAAUUUCCGCACCUUCAGUGGUGUCAGGAAUGUCUGGUGAAUCCGAGAAAGCCUUGCGCGAGUACUUCGACGAAGCUAAGCGACUUGCCCCCUGUCUCAUCUUUAUUGAUGAGAUUGAUGCUAUCACACCCAAGCGCGAGAGCGCCCAGAGAGAAAUGGAGAAGCGAAUUGUUGCCCAGCUUCUGACUUGUAUGGACGAAAUCGCCCUCGAAAAAACCGACGGCAAGCCUGUUAUCGUCCUGGCUGCCACCAACCGCCCAGACAGUCUCGAUGCCGCCUUGCGCCGUGGUGGUCGUUUCGACAAGGAGAUCAACAUGACUGUGCCCUCAGAACCGGUCAGAGAGCAGAUUCUCGGAGCUCUUACCCGCAAAAUGCGUCUCGCAGAUGACAUCGACUUGAAGACACUGGCCAAGCGCACACCGGGCUUUGUCGGUGCGGAUUUGAACGAUCUCGUCUCAACGGCCGGCGCAGCAGCCAUCAAGCGGUAUCUCGACAUCCUCAAAAAUAACAGCGGAGAAGAAAUGGAAGUGGAAAUUGAAGGCGAGGCCGAUAUCAGCCCUAGGGUCCGUGAACUCCGCCGGCUCAUCAACCACGCCAAGGACACACCAAUGGGCGAAGAAACGGAAGUCGUCCUCGUUUCCAACGCCGACUUCUUCACAGCCCUUCCCAAAAUUCAACCAUCCUCCAAACGCGAAGGAUUUGCCACAAUCCCCGACACAACUUGGUCAGACAUCGGCGCGCUCGAUAUCUACGCCAACGUUGGCAUCACAGCCCCCACAGGUGUUCUCCUCUGGGGACCUCCUGGUUGUGGUAAAACACUUCUUGCCAAGGCAGUCGCCAACGAAUCCCGUGCGAACUUUAUCAGCGUCAAGGGACCCGAGCUUCUUAACAAGUUCGUUGGUGAAUCCGAGCGUGCUGUUCGACAAGUUUUCAUGCGUGCGCGCUCCUCCAUUCCCUGUGUCAUUUUCUUCGAUGAGCUAGAUGCUCUCGUCCCCCGUCGCGACGAUACCCUUUCCGAAGCAUCUGCCCGCGUCGUCAACACACUUCUUACGGAACUGGACGGUCUGGGUAGCUCCAGACAAGGCAUCUAUGUGAUUGCUGCCACGAACCGGCCUGACAUCAUUGACCCAGCGAUGCUGCGUCCCGGUCGUUUGGAAACCCUGCUGUUUGUCAACCUGCCUUCGCCCUUGGAGCGCGUGGAUAUCUUGCAAACGCUUGUGCGCAACUUGUCCAUUGAGUUUGGUGAAGAUCUGCGCCGACUCGCAGAGGAGUGUGAGGGCUUCAGUGGUGCCGAUUUGGGCAGUUUGCUGCGCCGGGCUGGUUACUCCGCCAUUAAGCGCAGAGACACGAUCAAAUUCGUGGACUUUGUUAAUGCAAAGUCGUUCAUCCGGCCUAGUGUUACUGACCUGAAGAAGUAUGAGAAACUGAGGAGGGACUGGAGCGGCGGUGUGGUCUGA